AUGCCGCUGCGUCCCUGCAACCCCUCCACCCCGGCCUUCAGCCCCGUGGCGCUGUCCGUGACAGCCCGGGGCCAGGGCCACAGCCACCACGCCGGGGCCCGGGACCCUCGCCAGGCCCUGCCCCCGAAAGCCCAGGGUCGCACCCGUGCCCUUCCAGGCCUGAGCCCCUCCCCCGGCACCCAGGCCCCCGCCCCUGACGAGGAACAGGCCCCCAUCCAGAAGCCCAGGGGCAUCCAGACGGAGCUGGCCUACCUGCGCCAGCGCACGCGCAUCAUCACCCACCACUUCCCCAGCGCCCUGGGCGUGGACGACUUCAUGCAGCGCAUGGAGAUUGCGCUGUACGCCUUUGGCUUCAGCGGCGACAACAGCAUCGCCAUGGUGAACCUGUGCCGCGACGAGGUGACCUUGACCCUGAAGCAGAAGAUCGACCAGGUGUUUGGAUCCUCCUUCAACACCAACGGCCUGGGCGGGGUGCUGACCUGCGGCGUGAGCGGGGUGCGCGCGGGCUUGUCCCAUGCCCCGGUCUCCAAGGGCUCCGGCAAGGAGCGGUACGUCUUCUUCUCCUUCCCCCACAUCUCCAUCGACUCGCGCGGGCGGCAGGGCACCAUCUCCCGCCCCGGCCGCCCGGGGCAGUCCUGCGCCUGCGGCGCGCUGGACGGCGCGCUGGCCGACAUCCGGCGCACCGGCCUGGCCGCGGCCUGCAAGGUGCCAGGCGUGCACGAACCGUUGGACCCGGAGAUGACCAUCCUGAAGCAGCGCCUGGCGCGGCGCCUGCGCUACGAGGGGGUGGGUGAGGAGGGCGUGCAGGCGCUGGACCUGGUGGCCAUGACCCAGGUGGCGGAGCGCACCAUCACCGACGACCUGGAGUACCUGAUCUCCCAGACCGUGGACCCCGCGCGCGCCGACUACGCCGUGGUCACCGGCGUGCAGAUCCACUCCUGGGGCACCAGCUUCGACGACGACGCGCCCAACCUGGAGUUCGUCGCACCCUCCACCAUCGACGUGGUGACCAACGGGUACAAGACCCACGUCGACCUGCUGGCCCUGCCGGCGCUGACCCCGCGUCAGAUCGCGCUGCUGGCGGAGGGGCCCGAGUCCGGCGGCGGCGGCGGGGGCGGCGCGGGGCCGGCCCGGCCGGGGCGCCCGCCGUCGGUCUGCAACAGCGCGGGACACACCACGCUGCGGGAGAUCGACCCGCCCUACAUGUACGCCAGCGCGGCGCAGCGGGAGGACCGCAUGGCGCGCAUCGCGGCCUACGCCCAGGCGCUGGGGCCCGGCGCCGGCGGCGAGGGCGACACCUGCUCCUGGCCGGGCUGGCAGUCGCGCCUGCGCGCCCACGAGCCCCACCGCGCCGACGACUCCUCCAUCCACAUCGACCAGGGUGAGGGGGACUUGGGGUUUUUUUUUUGGGGGGGGGGGGGGGGUGCGGGGUGCGGGGACUAG